AAAGAGAUAGUUUUAUAUUAAAAUAAAACUUGAUUUAUUGUCUGGGAUAUUUUUUCUAUGUUGAACAUUAUUUAGUGAUGUUAAUGAAACAAUAAAAGUUUUAGAGAAGAUCAUUUUCUAAGAAAGAAAAAAGAAAUGAGUCAUCAACACUCUGAAAAAUCUGUGAAGAAUGAAGUAUUUACUUCCAUAAGAAAAAACUCACCAACUUAUAAGAAUAAAAGAUUUUAUUUAAAUACGAAUUCUGAUUUGUAUGAAAACAAUUGUUAUGCACCGAAAGCAAAAUCAUCAACAGCGGCAUUAACUUCGUCGACUUCAUCAACUCCAUUACUACAAAGAAAACAAUCGCCAAUAUUUGAUAAUUCACCAAUUAUCAUAGAUCAUAAUCAUAAGUCUAUAAGAGAUUUGAAGUAUACCACUGAGAAUAGAAGAAAAGAGUAUAGAUCACCAGCAAAUAUACAUCAUCAAUCUAGUGGAAUUCAUGAUUUUAUACAUUUAAGUUUACCUGUAUCUGAACCAAUUUUUACAUCAGAUGAAUCUUAUUCAUCAUCAUCUCUACCGGUAACACCAUUACCUACAACUAUAUGUACAACAGAGAGAUAUCGAUCAAAUUUGAAUAAUAUUUUGCGAGCAUCAAGUUUUGAUAGUCGCUUUACAAAUGAAUUAAAUGACAAUAAUAAUAUUCAUUCUAAUUAUCCAUUAAAAGCAAAUUUAUACAAACAAACUGAAUUAAAAUCGUUGUGUAAACAUAUGGCAAAUUGUAAUAAUAAUGAUAAUGAUAAUUCCAAUAAAAAUCAUUCAAUAACAUCAGUUAUAAAACGCAGUUAUUUGACUAUUACACCGUCGAUAGAGAUUAGUUUAGUUAAUGAUGAACAUAUGAAUAAUGAUGUUGAUAUUGAUAGUAAUAAUAAUAAUAAUCAUGACGAUGAUGAACGCAACGUUUUUAAGAGACAACAAGAUAAAUCUAUUUCAGAACUUCCACUAUAUCCUAAAACAUCAAGAGAUCGACUAAAAUCAAAUCGUUUGCUGACGCACAAUAAUCGAUCCACUUCAUUACAUAUCGAUGUAAACAACACUGAUGAUAAUAAUGAUAUGUGCCAUCAACGUUAUUUGGAUGAUAAUAAUUCUACUAAUCGCAUACGAGCUCGAGCAUUGUCCAGCCAACAAUUACAUGCACACAAUAAUUUGGACAUUACACUAGAAGCGAAUACAUACAAUCUUGCUAAUAACAGUAACUGUAGUUACAACAAUAGUAGUAGUAGCAGACGUGGUAAAUUAGUAAGACAAUCACGUUCAUUCCAGAAUCCUGUUGAUCCAAUAAAUAAUAACAAUGACAACAUAGAUUAUUCAUCAACUGCUGCUCUUUACAAUAAAAAUAAAUCUAAUCAUGUGAAUACAUCAACCAUUGGUAAUGUUAUGGAUGAGUUUGAUUAUUUUUGUCAUAUAGCUAAUGUUCCUAGAGAUCAAGAGAAAAAACGAUCUACCAUAAAAACAUCACUACAUCCUACAUUAUCCACUUCCAAUAUUCGAAGUCAUUCAAUGCGUGAAACCAGUUUAGAGAGACAAAAAUGUAUCAUUGAUUGUGGUGCCAACAAUAGUGGAAGUAUAUCAGACACAAAAGGCAUGAAAUCGAGUAAAACAAGUUAUUUAAAACCUCCUGGUAAAGGUCAACUUAGAAGAGCUAGUACCGAAGAAGAUCCGUUAAAUAAGUCAUCAUUAUAUAAACGUCCUGUGACAGCAACAUUAAGCUAUACUUCAAUGACUAAUAGUUAUUCAAAUCUAUGUUUAACUCCACCAAAAUCUAUACCAUCUGUUCCUUAUGCAAUGGAUGAUAUUAAUAAUCCAAGUAGUCCAUUAGGUGUACCGUUAUCAUUAGAUUCAGUGUUUGCUGACGAACCAGGACUAACAUUUUAUCAAGUACAAGUUUUAGGUGUAUCCGGUGUUGGUAAAACUUCAUUAUGUCAACAGUUGGCAGCAUUAGUACAUGAAAAUUCACCAAGUUGUGAUUCUGAUGAAAUGGAUAACAAAUUAGAUGUUUAUUCAAUAACUACUGCUCUAUGGGGUUCAGUAUAUACAGUGAAUUUUGUAGAUACUUCAGCAGAGAACUGUGAAAAAAAUCUUGAAGUUCAAAUACGUGAUUGUAUUGAUGCAUUCCUUGUUGUUUAUGCUAUUGAUGAUCAAAAUAGUUUUGAAGCAGCUAGAUUAAUCGUUAAUGCACUGACACCAUUGAAUGAUACAAGACAAUGCCCAACGUUGUCAUCAUCAAAAGCGAUGAAUAGUCCGAUGACAGCUGUACCCGGACUAAUCUAUCUUGUUGGUAAUAAAUCAGAUUUAGUCAGAGGUAGACAAGUAUCUAUAGAAGAAGGUCGUCAUUUAGCCUCAAUACAUGGAGCGAAAUUCAUUGAAGUUUCUGCAUCGUUGAAUCAUAUGGUUGCAGACCUUUUUGUAUUACUAAUUGGUCAUCUGCAUGAAAGUGAACAACGUGGCAGAGAUCCUCGUCUACCUGCUGAAAGAAGAGUUAAUCCAUUACAAUCAAAUCCAUUGACAAGUUCAUCAAAGUCGAUAAUAAACUCCAACGUAGUUAAUACUUCUAAAAUAUUAACUGUUACCAAAGCGAAUUUUAGUAAAUUUCUAAAAAAACAUUUUAAACGUGUUAGUCAAGUCAAUGACUAACUGUGUUAACUAUAUGAAUUUAAUUCUAUCACAGACUUUUGGUAUUUUCGAGUUUGACUACUUACAUGUAGCUAAAGUAAAUUGAACAAAAUUCCAAAAAAGCAGUUUUCAAUUUGUAAUGGUUAGUUUUCCUUCCGAUAUAGUUAAUUGCAACCGGAACUCAAGCUUCUCGAUAGAAUAAACAAAAUAUUUUAGAUUAGACUAAUCUAUUACUAGUUGCAUAAUUCGUUAGAUAAAAUAUAAGACUUUUUCAUUAGCUACUGUUUU